GCAAAUUUGUAUUCAAUCCCUCCCUCAAAGAUUCCAAUUGCAAAAAAUAGUUGGACUAAUUAUGAAUUAUUUCGCCGAAUUUGUUCUCAUCUGCGCUCUGGUGACGGUCACAGCGUCACCAAGUUUUAGCGCUGCCAUCGACGCUAAUGACCAAUCAAUUAACGGAGUCGUGACAAAUAUUACGCGAUGUGGUGGAUAUGGAACCCCAAUCCAGCUCAGAGUUUCUAAUUGUGAAGGAAAAUGCUCCCUAAUGCCGGGUCAGGUUUACAACAUUGAAUACGACUUUAUUCCGAAUGCUUCCGCUUCCGGUUUAGGUUUAGCAUGUGACCUAGUUCUUGAUGGAGAAAGGUAUCGACUUUUUGACAUCGCCCUGCCUAACUCGGCCGUUCUGCCGGAUCUCAUGUACACCGUCAAGUUUAGCGUAACGCCAGAUGAAAUCCUCUCAGGUCAAGUGGUUGACCUUCGUGCCAUCAUUUAUCACACGGACGACAGAUUUUUAGAACUUUGUGUGGAAACCGAAGUGGACAUUAUUGCUGUCCCUUGAUUAUUUAGUAGCUAUGCUAAAGUGUCAUAUUUUUUUCAUAUAGUGACGCAAUUCACGCAGUGACUGGUAACAUUUUUAAAUUCGUAAAUUCUUCAAACUUGCAAUCCUUCAUAAAUUUUUGAAGAUGUUUGUAAGGAAAUUAGAUAGUUUAAAAAUCAGUGUACACUUUUUCAUAUCAAUGGCGUCAUUUUAUUUUUAAAAGUUAUUUUCCAAGUUACCUAUAUGACCACGUGAAUCGACUCAACAUACAUAUUUUAAUGUUGUAAUAUAAGAAAGGGAAACAAGCUAAACAAAAAUGUAUUGUGCAUUGAUGUAUAAAAAGCUCCGUAAAUUGAGAUAUGAACAAAAUUGCAAGAAUUGAAUGAAAUAUGCGGGUCUUGCCAACACUGUGUUGGCGUGAGUAGGCCCAAAAAUCUUUCACUUGCAUGAAACACAUUUCCAUUUUAAAGUAAUGGACACAUAUGACAUAUCUAAUAAAAAAUAUAUUAACUUUUACAGAA